AUGGAUAACUCAGGAGCAGGCGCCAAGCAACUUGGACCAGCUCAUGGCCUCAAUGGCAGGAGAUUGAUCUCAUUCUCAAGGGAGAUGAAAGCAACUGUGGAUCCACCUGCACUGAACGAAAUGCAGAGGGGUUCCCCAAACCGCAUCCGUACAACCAGAUUUACAUGGUUGACAUGGUUGCCAAAGUCGCUCUUUGCUCAAUUCCAUCGAGCAGCAAACGUCUACUUCCUUUUCGUUAGUAUCAUCGUUUGCCUACCGGAUGGUCCAAUGAUGUGGUCCAGCACCGUGGUACCCUUUAUCGGAGUCCUGCUUUGGACUGCCUUCAAGGACCUCUAUGAGGAUAGAAGACGCAAGAAAGAUGAUGAUGCAGAGAACCUGAGGACGUGUUGGCGAUACGACACAAGAACCAAGGUGUUUGCUCAGGUCAAAUGGAUGGAUGUUUGUGUUGGGGACAUCCUCUUGAGCUUUGCUGAUGAGGCCUUCCCUGCAGACGUACUGGUGGUUCGAGCAGCUGGAGGGCAGGCCUUCAUCUCCACGGUGAAUCUGGAUGGAGAGACCAACUUGAAGGAACGAAAUUCUGCAAACUUGCUGUCGGCGCUUUGUGACAUGCCGGAGGCUGGACCUGAUGUUCCUCGUGGGAAGCUUAUGACAGAGCUCAACAGCUGGAUGGGUGACUUUUUCCUCACCUGUGGCAAGGAUGGUGAAGUGAACCUCAUCAGAACAGAAACCUGUGAGAGGAUGGGAACGUACAACCCUCCUGGCGAGAAGGGGGGUGCCAUUUAUGCAGUGGAUGUGACCAUGGACAGCACAUUUGUUGUGACAGCCAAUGCGGAUGGCAAAGUGGUGUUCUACAACUUCCAGGGCGACAUGGUGCAGACCAUCCAGCAUGGCGGAGUUCUCAAGUACGUGGAAUGGAACAUGAAGCCGGGCGAACAGAAUUAUGUUUGCACGUGCAAUGACAAGUUCAAGAGCCAGUCAGAGGGCAUUGUGCCAAAUCGCAUCAUGAUCUGGCAGUUUGACCCCCCGAAAAAGAUCCUGUCCAUAGACGAGCAGCUGCCAAUGAAGGCCACCAAAGUGAAGUGGGGUGCCUUUGAUGAGACCCUGGUCUCCAUUUUUGAGGAGGGUACCGUGAUUAUUUGGGAUGUCAUGGAUGGCAGACAGCUGAAGCUCAUUCAGGCGCAUCAGAUGGCCAUCACAAGCAUGAACUUCACAGAGGAUAGGAUGAUGAUGGCAACGUGCUCGAAGGAUGGAACAGCAAAGCUGUGGACAAUGGAUGAUUACGAGUGCAUGAAGGAGUACAAGACAGACAGACCGCUGAACGAUGUUGCGAUCUCGCCUCUCUACUGUCAUGAGGCAACCCCCAAGAUGCAUCUUCUGAUGGGCGGUGGCCAAGAUGCCAAGGACGUGGCCGUUUCAGGGUCCAGCGGUGCCUUUGAGGCUUUGCUUUGGCACGUGGUCUACGAGGAAGAGAUCGGAUCAGUCAAGGGACACAUUGGGCCAUUGAACUGCUUAGCGUGGUUCAGAGACGGUGCUGGAUUUGUGACCGGUGGUGAGGAUGGCUAUGUCAGAGUGCACCAUUUUGACAAGGCUGUUCGGACUGCCCAACAUUUGUACACAGAAGGCCUGCAGGUUGAGCUUCAAGCUCCAAAACCAGUUCUUACUGACAUGGAAGGGUCACUAAAGCUCAGCUCCGCCUCUGAAACUGCAUCAGCUAAGCUGAAAGAGUUGGAGGUGACUCUUCCUUGCAAGCUGAGCUACGAGCUCUUUGUACCUCGAGGGUGCGUUCUCAGAAACACCUUGUACGUUAUUUCCGUAGCUGCCUUCACUGGACCGCAAACCAAAACGCGGUUGAAUGCCGCAGAAGCUGUCGGCAAGGUUUCGAACAUGCAGGUGUACCUCAAUCGAGGUGUCCAGGGCUUGGUGGUUGCACUGCUCUUGUGGUGCAUCUACUGUGCAACUUCUGCAGAGAUCCAGGGUGUCAGCAAAGAAGAUGGCAGAAGCUGGGGUUUGCGCUUCCUCUUCUACUGGAUUAUUCUUUACCAGAUCAUACCAAUCAGUCUCUACGUGUUCUUUGAGAUUGUGAAACUCAUCCUUGGCGUCCAGAUCAACAGGGAUCCUCAGAUGAGAGAUCCCAGGACGAAACUGGGAGCUUCAGCAAGAACUGCGGACUUAGUGGAGGAAAUGGGGCAGGUCAAUUUUGUUUUUUCUGAUAAGACUGGAACUCUCACGGAGAAUGAGAUGGUGUUUGCUCAUUGCUGUGUUUGCCAUGAAGACGAUGACGCUCGGGAGCUGGGAGACUUCAGACAGACCGCUAAGCUGGUCGAGAAGUCGGAGGACGCACCUGGGGUCUGUGAAGGGAAGCUCGUUCUGUCAAGUCCUAGUGAUCCAAGAUACAAAGAGGUUCUGUGGUUCUUCAUCAACCUCGCUGCCAAUCAUUCAGUUCAGGUUGAAGGAGAGGGAAUUGAGAAGAAGUUCGAGGGUAGCUCAGCAGAUGAGGUCGCGUUUGUGGAAGCUGCACAAGCAGUCGGCGUCACUUUCCUCUCUCGCACACGUAUUCCUGGAACAAGUUCUUCCGAAGUCGUCGUUCAGGGGCCCGGCUCGAAGGACUUCACUUUCACUAUACUGGGCGAGAUUCCCUUCUCUUCAGAUCGCAAGCGAAUGAGCGUCAUAGUGAAGCAUGAAGGUGAGUACUGGUGUUUGUGCAAGGGGGCAGACAACAUCAUGGGGCCUUUGUGUGAUCGACCUUUGGGGGGUUCCCUUGGGUCAAGUCUCACCCACUACUCUAAGCUGGGUCUACGAACGCUUGUGAUCGCGUCGAAGAAGCUCAACGAUCACGAGUUCGUAGAAGACUGGCUGGCACGAUGGAAAGAAGCCACUGUCGCAGAGGAUCGUGAGCGAGAGAUGGCAAGAAUAGCUGCCGAAGUGGAGCACUCCUUGAGACCUGCUGGGGUCACUGCAAUUGAGGACAAGCUGCAAGAUGGCGUGCCUGAGGCAAUCGUUUCCGUCAAGGCAGCUGGCAUCCGUUUUUGGGUGCUUACAGGUGACAAAACUGAAACAGCGGUUGAAAUCGCAAAAGCGUGCAAACUAUUUACCGAGAAGACGACUCUGGCAUAUUUGGUGAAUUGUAGCAGCGAAAGCCAAGCUUUGCAGCUGAUAGAGGAAGCAAAGAAAACCAUCGAAGGGGAAUCAGAUGGAGGACUUGUACUUGAUGGCACGUUUGUGCAACAGAUCCUGACAUCAAAGGAUGGUCGUCCAAUGCUGUACGAACUUGCCAUUUCAAGUCAAACAUGCGUCUGCUGCCGUUUAUCUCCACAGCAGAAGCGGCGACUGGUUGAAAUGGUGAAGGAUAUGAACAGGAGAGUGCCUGCCAACCCCUUUGCCAAGUACCGGGGCGCGACCGAAAAAAGGCUGAGACUUGGGCCUCACUGGGUCCAAAGUCCACAAAUUCAAGGUGAACUUGAAGCAAUGAAAAGCAAAGUGAUCCAGAUGCUCAUGACGCAAAAAAAAGAGUCUCCAAAGACUUCUUUGCCAAGGUUCAAUCCUCCAUCCAGAGAGAUCAGAGAGCUGCAUCAAGUCACCAAGGUUGAAGCCAAGGAAUCCAACCCUCGACAGGACGUCUCUGUCCUCUCAUUUGAUCAAUCAAGUGGACUUCUUUUUCAGCUGCCAUUGUCUGAAAAUGCCAUGAUCUUCACAGCCACUGAGAUAGGAACAGCUUUGCGAUGCAUUGCUGGUUUGCCCAGGCCACAUUUCUCCGUGGCAUUCAGUUUGGAUCCUGUUGAUCCCAAGAGCUGGAAUAAUAGGAGCGCCAAGUCUCCAUUGUACCAGCACAAGUGGUACUCCCAAGGCACCUUGGAUGAAAUUCCACUUGGAUAUUGGAUGUGGCGUGCAGAUUGGAAGCUGAAACAACUUGCUCAAGGUGUUGUCUACGAUGAUGCCACAGGGCAACAGAGACCUCUCAAGUUGGGUGUUGAUGUGCCACAGGACUUUCCAGAUGUGGCACAGGGUGACACAGGUUGCGCUCGUUUGUGGAUAGUUUGCAGAAAGAUGGUGAGAAUGCCUUGGGGCAAGGACACGAUCUUGAUUCAUCCGGAAGUGCAGAUGGGAGUCGAAGUUCGCGCCCAGCAGUUCAACAAGCUGACCGGAAAGUAUGAAGAUGCCCCAGAGGCACCACACAGCUCUGCCUCCAGAAUUGCACAGUAUCUCAGUCGUCAUUACGACACUGUAGCUCGCUUCGUGCCAGAGUUGCAACACUGCAAACGGAUGGCAGUGCUUCUUGAUGUGGUCCACUGGUUGUUGGAAGGCCCUUUACAUUCGAAGAAAUUGAUGUCGGAACAGUGUAUUCCUAAAUAUACAAUUCCACAAGACUUUCCUGCCGAUCGAGUGCCAGCUUUGCGGACAGUGCAUGAAAAGGGUCUCCAGGAAGAGGCAAAGGUCAAGAAGAUGGAUCAAGAGCUGGAGAUCAGCAAAGCCCAAUUCAAACAACGCUGUGCAAAGGCGGAGGAGCGCAUCCAGUCCUUGCGAUCCGCUUCGGAUAAGCAGAUGAAGAAAGUGGAGGCUGCAAAAAAGGCCUUGGAUCAGUACAGCAGCAAAUCGGUUGAAGCCUGUAAUCUGGAAGUGCAAAAGUACAAUGCUCUAGUUGAAGACCACAGAUCAGCUGUUGAGUCCUACAAUGCUGCAGUUGAUGAAGGCAAUGGCAAGUUGAAUGCCAUAGUGAAAGAACGAAAUGCAGCUGCUGCAGCUUGUAAUGCUGUGCGGAGUUCGUUUGUCUUCAUAGGUGGCGUAGAUUUGGCUGCUGCGGAGUCUCAGAUGCAUCCAGUGAACUGCGAGGCUCAGCCGGUUCAAGAGCAGUUCCGGCAAUGGGCAAAAGGCCUUUGGAGCAACAACGAGAGUCGUUUGAUCUUAGGACGUUUUCAACAGAAGGCCCCAAGUCAUGAGCAGGGCAGCAAAGUGUCAGUGCUGCAGGAAGUGUUGGAAGAACAGAAUGCUGCUCUGAGUGGCAUCACCUUGGCCAUUGGUGAUGGAGCCAAUGAUGUGCCCAUGAUACAGGGUGCACAUGUGGGCAUAGGCAUUCGCGGUAAAGAAGGAAAUCAAGCAGUUCAGGCAAGCGACGUGGCAAUCUCACAAUUUCGCUUCCUCGUGCCAUUGCUGUUCUGCCAUGGUCGACGCGCUUACCGACGCGUGGCAACCUUCAUUUGCUACAUGUUCUACAAGCACACUGUUUUGGCAGUGGGAGACAUUUUCUUCGCGCAUCAGAUCACGUUUGCGGCCAAGAUCGCAUAUCCUGAGUGGUUGAACUCUGCGUUUGCCAGCGUGAUUUGUGGCCUGCCCGUUGUUGUGGUUGUGAGUCUGGACUUCGACAUUCCUGACGAGGUGGCAUUGGUGCGCCCAGAUCUUUACAUUGAAGGACUCAGGCGGAUGCGCUUCAACGCAAAGAUCCUUGUUGCAUGGAUGCUGAGUGCAUUGUACCAUGGCGGCCUGGCCUGGAUGGUGCCCAACCUCACAGUUGGCUCGCUCGACCCGGAAGAAACGGAGUUCUGGUACGCGUCCUGUGUGUCCUUCGUCCUUUGCGUGGUCUUUGUGAACUUUAGACUAUGGAUGGUGGCAGAAAGUCCAUUCCGCAAGGAAACAGUCUUGAUCAUGCUGUUCUCCUUCUUGUGCCUCAUCGUCACGCUGGUUGUGCUGGCUGAAACGCCACUUGGAGACUGGAUGCAGCCCCAGAUUGAAGAUGCCUUUGUUGGAAUCUUCAGCGAUCAGCGGUAUUUUUUACCCAUGUUCUUGACUCCACUCCUCCUCCUCUUGGACCUGGCCGUUUACCAGGCCAUUGCCAUCUUUGAUCCUUACCCUUUGACGGCCGCCAAAAGGCAGCUUUGGUGGAGUCAGAGGAACAAGGAUGGGCAACAGGAGAGGGACGGCUCAGGUGCGCUAAAGCUGGACAAAGAGAUCAAAGCAUAUGAAAGUUGUCCCGGUGGACUGGAAGCAAGAACAAUCCCCACGAUGCUUUGGCCGAUGGCAGACAGCCAGUGUUUGGUGCUGGGUUUGGAUGGCGUGCUUUGUGCCAGUGCCGAAGAAGCGAGCAUCGCGGCCUGCCGAGCAGCUUAUGUGUUGUGGCCACAAGUCAUGAAAAACGCUCAAGAAAUGACCUUAAAUGAAGCCGGGGUGCGACAGAGUUGGGUUGACUACGACUGGGAACAACUCUUGGAGCACAGAUCCUCAAAGCUCAGUCCGGCACCUCCAUGGUUGCUGUACAAAGUUCAGCAACUCCGCCCCGCAUGUCGGGCUGAGUGGGAGCUCAUCGUCUUUGCGCGGCUUUGCGUUGAAGAAGCCAUCGCCUGUCGCGCCAACAGAGCAAAAGGCAGAGCUGGUGCAAGACCUCUGACCGUGGGGGAAAUUGAAUCCAAUUGGUCAGAGUCUUGUGGUCUUCGAGAUCUUUUGUUGGCGCGCUGGGUUCCGAACAUUAAAGAUUUGCAAGAAGCGAUGGCGGAUUCCCGGCGCCAAAGUAGUUGCAGCCUUCUGGAAGAAACAAAAUUCUUCGGGGAAGUCUUGGAACUUGUCCAUCUCGCAGUGGCCUCUGGGGCUGUUGAGGAAAGUGUCCACUGUAUCACCAGCCGUGAUCAGCUUUCCGCUGUACAAAGUCUGCAGAUGUCUGGGGAGUGCAUCGAAGAUCUUUCCAGUCCACCAGACCAUCAAGGAAGUUGGGCUGGGAAAGAUGGAUGGAAGCUACAUUCCAACUUGGGCACCGUUGAGGAGAAGGUAGAGAAUCUGGUGAUAGUGGAUGACUCCGUUGCCUUUCUGCAAGCUUGUGCUGCAGAGCUCAACUUUGGAGGAGCGCAACUAUGCUUGGCCACCUGGGGCUAUGUGAGCCACGGUCACUGGGCAGAUGGCCGGUCCAGACUUCCUAGAGUGAAAGAGCUUCAAACUGCAGCUGAUCUUGCAGCGAUCAUCGAUUUCACGCUUCCACGCUGGAAUUGCAUGGCAUCAAAGUCCAGCACUACAGCGUGUGAGGAGUUCUCCGGAGCCAUGUUUGGGGGAGCCAGCAGUAUUGCCGCAUUUGAUGAUGUUCCAGAUGACUUUGAGCUUCCAGAGGGCAGUGUCAAGAAGGGAGAGAAGUACUUCAAAAAGUACUGCUCGCAGUGUCACUCCAUCUAUCCUGACAACAGAAUCACCAGGGGUGGGCAGACACAGCUGGGGCCUACAAUGUUUAAUGUUUACGGGCGGGCAAGUGGAUUGGAGGAGAUCCAGAACAAACAGGGUACAGACCGAGUUGAUAAUGUCUUGUGGCUAGAAGCAGCACUGAUGAACUACAUGAAGAACCCACGGGUGAUGGCAUCAGGGCGGGUCCAAAUGAACUUCAGUGGCAUCAAAGACUUCCAGACUCGGGUUGACAUCGUUCACUACCUCAAGACUUUGGACUGGAACAACCACGAAGUCGCGAAUCCACCUGAAAAGCCUGCAAGCUUUGCUCCAGUCCGCUGGCCUACCACUUAG